GUUAUUUUACUCAUACCAUUUUGUUUAUUUUUUAUAUUCUAAAGAGAUCAUUUUCCAAGCUUAACCACGCAACAUAUACAUUUAAAUAGCAUGCUUGUGUUUUUUCAUAUUGAACUUGAACGAUUUAACCAAAAUCGAUCACAUUUGAAUUUAGGCUUAGCUAUUAUAUAUUAGCUUAUACUACAAGUUACAAACCAUACCAUAAUGGCUAUUUCGUUGAAUUUGUUACCUCGUUGUUUGGUUCUUCUUCACUUUGUCUUGUGUAGCUUAGGAGCAAAGGUUGUGACUAUUGAUGUACGAGAAGCCAAUAAUCUCAUCCAAACCGGUCAUAUUUAUCUUGAUGUUAGGACGGUGCAAGAAUUUGUGAAAGGGCCUCGGGUCAAUACAUCUAAGAUAAUCAAUAUUCCAUACAUGUUGGAUACACCCAAGGGCAAGGUCAAGAACCUAUAUUUUCUAAAGGAGUGUUCAUCUCUUUGUAACAUAGAAGAUCAUCUCGUUGUGGGUUGUCAAUUUGGACUGAGAUCUCUGCAUGCAACUUCUGAUCUUCUAGAUGGUGUGUCACCAUUUCUUUUUGACGAAAAGACGAUAUUCAUUCAUUCAAAUCAGCAAAGUACGUCAAUCGAAAUUAUUAGAUAUUCAAAUCUGCUAAAACCUAAAAUGGAUGAAUCUAUGAACAAGCUCACAACAUCCGAGUUAAUAGCAUAAAACGGCUCAAUGUCUACAAAUAUGACAAAGCUACAAUUGAUUAAAUAAACUUCAAGUGUCCGGAAUAGUCAUGCCUCCGAAUCUGCAACGUUGUCGACUCUAAAAUCGUUGAAUCUGCUCUGAAUUUGGAUUGAAAACAAUCUGCAAAUUUAAACGAAACAAACAUCGUACAAAGACGGGAUACCAAACAACUUCGCACUAAGGCGGGACAAACGAAGAAAUCACAAAGGAAAAACUCAAAUGAAACCUAAAAUUAUAUGUAAAUCACUUAUUGAAUUGAAAAAGAAACAAAAACAAUAAAAAGGGGUGAUUCCGGAUCAAUAUCGAUCAUAAAUCACCCCUCUCUAAUAGAUGAACCAAGAAAAUUAGACGAAUGUCACCACUUAUAAAAUUAUGUUUAUCUCUUAUCUCAAAUAAUAUAAAACUCUUGGCAAACAUUAAA